GAUUAGAAUCGUCAUUUCUGCUCUCAAGGAAAGGUUGCAGGGCGUCUCGGCUUACACGACAAGACUGAAGCUUUGGUUCUCCUUCGGGCCAAUCAGUAUUUCACCAAUAAAGGACCCGUUCCCGUUUCAGUGUGUUACCGUCCAACACAGUGUGUGGCACGCUCGCCGAAGGUGACACUUCAGCAGGAGGCUAGCGAAUAACUGUGCUUGUGAAACGUUUGUGCUUUCUCUACUUUCGCUAUUUAGUGUAGGAAGGCUGUAAAUGUGGGAUUUAUGAGUUCACGAUGGUACGCUACUCCAUGGAGGUGCAGCAGGCGAGGGAAAACCUCUGGGAUGUUUCGCGUCCACAAACGCCCUGUCACCUUUUUUUCCAAGAAUCCUCUAGAGCGAGAACGCACACUUCUAGACGGCGCAGCUGCUGCUCCACGUGUAAAAAAAACCUUCGUUUUUCUAUUAGAGAUUUGGGUACCGUUUGUCGAACGAGCAAUCCAAGCGGUUAGUUACAAAAGGUGUUUGUGUAAACACCAACAAAAGAUGUCACCGCUAUGAGCUCCGUGAGGAAUGCAAAAACGCCGCCAGACUCGAGCAGCUACCGAGCGAGCGUUGGCGCCCCGAAAGACGGUAUCACGGCGACGGGAUCGGUGCCCUCUGAAAGUGGUAGUGAAGAGUCCUUUCUCAACAAGACCCCAAUAGAAGAGUAUGCAGGUGACUCCAGCACAAUGUUUGCGCAGACGGCCAAGACCAUGCUGCUCCCACAGUUCUCCGCGCACCUGGGGAACUCAGGUGUGAUGAAUUAAGCGAUACCUCUCGUGUAUCAUUUGCUCAUCGCUAAAAUGCACUGACAAAGAACGGGGAUGACCAGUGUCCGACGCGAAAGUUGCAGUUUCGCGUUUCAGCGGUGUCCAAAUUGCAGACGGGCUAUAUGCCGGGGGAGCUAAACGUUUCUGUCUAUUGUAUGUCGCCUUCUUUGAUAAUAUUUUCGCUUCUCGCUCAACGAACUUUGACCUUGCGUCGCUGCUUCACCUCUGUGUCAGUUUAUAGAUGUGUGUGGCAGUUCUUUUUCCGGAUGCCGUUUCUGUGUUCGGUCUCUCUUUGUUGGCUCAUCUCGCUCUCUUGUGCCGACCAUCCACACGUGUCUGAAGUUGUAAGCGACUUUAGGGUGAGCUCGAGUCGCCAGGAAAAAAAGAGUAUACGAAUUCAGACAGGGGAAAAACGAUAACUGAACUCAACCUUUCACCCGCUU